CGGAUACGGAAGCUUUCGAAAGUUGCUGCAAAGAGGAUCGCAACUGCCUCACGGGCACGCAUGCUCUGCGACGACUGCAAGAAGAACAGCGUCACGGUGUUCCGGCCAAAAGCCGGCGGCCUUGCAUUGUGCGCCAACUGCCGCAAGCGCCGCAAGGCGGAGGGCACCACCGCUUCAGCUGCCGCCGGCGCCCGGCCCGCGGUUGCAGGCCCAGCCUCGGUGGCCCCGCUGCCACUGACGUUGAUUGCUGCACCCGUGACGUUUGUCGCUAUUGCACCCACAACCUUGGCUUCGGCGCCGUCGCUGACGUCAAUGAACGCGUCAACGAAAUCGCCCAUGGAUUCGGAUGCCGUCGCGCCGCACCCGCCGAUGUCGAGCGAUAUUGAGAUGCUGCUGGCCGAGAUCUAUCGGCUCCGAACCCGUACCACUGAGUGA